AUUCACAUCUUCAGGGCAGCAGUGGCUCUAUGGUGUCGCAUCCUGAUUCGAGUCGUUAUCGGUCUUCUCACAGAUAAACCGUCAUUUGAAUACGAGAGCAGGGUGGUGAAAUUCCAUCAGCAUCUCUUCCUAAAAAGCAUGGCUGAGCCCGAGCUCCUCCUGGACUCCAACAUCCGUCUUUGGGUUGUGCUGCCAAUUGUAUUUAUUACUUUUCUCGUUGGUGUGAUCCGCCAUUAUGUCUCAAUUCUGUUACAAAGUGAUAAGAAGCUUACAUUAGAGCAGGUUUCAGACAGCCAGGUUCUUAUCAGGAGCAGAGUUUUACGAGAAAAUGGCAAAUACAUCCCUAAACAAUCUUUCUUGAUGAGAAAAUUCUACUUCAAUAACCAAGAAGAUGGGUUUUUUAAGAAGACUAAGAGAAAGGUGGUCCCACCGUCUCCGAUGACUGAUCCGAGCAUGUUGACCGAUAUGAUGAAAGGCAACGUGACAAAUGUCCUGCCUAUGAUUCUUAUUGGUGGUUGGAUCAACUGGACCUUCUCUGGGUUUGUUACAACAAAAGUACCGUUCCCUCUCACACUCCGCUUCAAGCCAAUGCUGCAGCAGGGAAUUGAGUUGCUCUCUCUAGAUGCCUCCUGGGUGAGCUCAGCAUCUUGGUAUUUCCUGAAUGUCUUUGGUCUCAGGAGUAUGUAUUCCCUGAUUCUUGGACAGGAUAAUGGUGCAGAUCAGUCUCGCAUUAUGCAGGAACAGAUGAGUGGUGCUGCAAUGGCAAUGCCAGCUGAUACAAACAAAGCAUUCAAGGCUGAAUGGGAGGCGCUGGAGUUGACUGAUCACCAAUGGGCUUUGGAGAAUGUUGAGGAGGAUCUAAUGAGUAAGGACUUGGAUUUGUCUGGGAUGUUCAGCAAAGACUUGCCAACGGGCAUCUUUUAAGUGCCUGUUCACUACUGAGAGGUGUUGGCAGACCUCACUGAGUUAAAAAGAGCGAAUUGUCGGACUGGUUUUGGAGUGACCAUACGCUUCCAGUCAGAGUUGUCUUUCUAGAAAGUGUCAUAAACAUCAUUGCUGACAUAUCACAUUUUGUGUCAUAUGCAUGCACCGUUCCCUCCACUGCUGAUUUUUUGCUCAGACUUGAGCAUUAUAGUUUGAUCAAGCCUAGAGCUUAAUGGAUUUUACAGAUUACAGUGAAAACCAUAGUGUAGCUGUUUUUUUUAACAUUCCUCCAUUAAUAUUAAUAUUUUUUAUUUGAUUUCUCUUAAACAAAUUUAUAUUAAUUUUAGUUGUUUUAAAAGCCCUUUUCUUGGUCUUAUUUCACUAGGACAGUGUGAUUGUUUGGACCAAACAGACAAAAAGGAAGUUUUAGGAAGUAAAGUGGUUUAAAAUGGAGCAGUCCAUAAUUUAGUUUGUUUCAUAAAUAGUAUUUUCAAAAUGUAAUAGACUUUUAGAUGCUUUAUGAUGCCAAUAACACACCACACACUAAGUAUAUUGUUUUUAAAAACAAACAAUUUGGAAUUAAGAUCAUUGAGUAGAUUUUCCUCAUUAGAAAUUCAUAUUUAUUGAGUUGUUAGCUUGUAAUAUAUAUAUUUUUGGACUUUUAUUAAACAUCUUUGUUUUUUUUUUUUAAUACAUUUUUCCACAUCACCUUUCCUGGAUGUGCACAUUUUUAAUACAAAAACAGUCAUGCACUGUUCUGUUUUCUGUAUUUAUUUUUUAACUAGCUUUUCUACCACUGCUGAUUUUAUUUGGUCCAUUUGUGCAGAUUCAUUGCUUUCAAGAAACAAGUGUAGUCUUCGUAAUUUCCAGCAAAAUUUAAUUAUUUGCUCUGCCACUUUGAAAACUUCAACUGGGGCCUGUAACAUAAAGCCAGAUUAGAUGUCUAGCCAGUUAAAUUUCUGUUUAGUUUGCACCAGUCUUGGGUUUUAGGUGACGUGACGGCAACUUGAAUUUAAUCACUCUUGUUGUGGUAUUAUGGAGUAGCUUAGUUGAGCUAGGUGGCAUGGUGGCUCAGUGGUUAGCACUGUCGCCUCACUACAAGAAGAUUGCUAGUUUGGUUCCAGCUGGCAUUUCUGUGUGAAGUUUGCAUGUUCUCCCCAUGUUGGUGUGGGUUUUCUCCGGGAGCUCCAGUUUCCCCCACAGUCCAAAGACAUGCGCUAUAGGUGUACUGCUCUUAAUUGGCUGUAGUGUGGUUUUUCUCAGUACUGGGUUGGGGCUGGAAGGGCAUCCGCUGCGUAAAACAUGCUGUGAUAAAUAAGGGCCUAAACUGAAAGAAAAUGAAUAAAUGAAUGAAUGAAUGAAUGAAUGAAUGAAUAAAUGAAUGAAUGAGCUGAGCUACCUUUAUGGUAUAUAAAAAACAGAAUUGGUGCAAACUAUUCUGGCUUCACGGUGCAGGCCCCUGAUCCUCCCUGCAGUGGCUUGUUAAAAAAUACCUACACAACAAUAUAAUCAUGAUUUAACUAAAAUGUUGAUCAUUUAUAUUAAAGAAAACAAAAAUGUACAUUUUUGGACCUUUGAAUAAAACGCUAUUUAUCGAAACCAGUACAGUUUUGUAAACAUGUUAAUAAAACCAUCAUGCAACAUA